GGAUACUCUUUCUCUGUCCUAGGGCUCGAGUCUUGAACCCAAUCGAUUCCUGCAAUGGCGUCGACAUCGAAGAAGAUCAUGUUGAGGAGUUCCGACGGAGAGACGUUCGAAGUGGAGGAAGCGGUGGCCGUGGAAUCUCAGACGAUCAAGCACAUGAUUGAGGACGGCUGCGCCGAUAACGUGAUCCCCCUUUCGAACGUCACCAGCAAGAUCCUUUCCAUGGUUAUCGAGUACUGCAAGAAACACGUCGAGGCUGCGGAAGCCGUCGAGUUGAUUAACAGCUGGGCCGAUGAAUCUGAGAACACACUCCGUGAUCUGGAGAAGGACGUCGAGGAGAAGAUUAAGAACUGGGACGCCGAAUUCGCCAAGGUUGAUCAGAAGACACUCUUUGAUCUGAUCCUGGCUGCCAAUUAUUUGAACAUGAAGGACUUGCUGGAUUUGACUUGCGGAACCGUGGCAGACAUGAUCAAGGGAAGGACUCCAGAGGAGAUCCGCAAGACUUUCAACAUCGAGAAUGAUUUUACUCCACAGGAAGAAGAGGAUGUGAGGAGAGAGAACCAGUGGGCUUUUGAGUGAUAGAGGACCCGUGUUAGAUAUAUAUUACCAUUAGGCUAAUAUUUUUGUUUCUUAAGUAGCUAGUUUUAUUUCGGAUUUGCUCAAGUUAAAUGUUGUGAAUCUCUUUAUUUUGGUAAUUAAUAUAUAUUAGAGCCUUUAUAUUUGAAUUUUGAAAGCAUUUUCCGACUUCCAUCUUUGGAUUACUGUUGUUCAUGCAAUGUCUAUGCCUGCGUUUUGUAUAAAUCAUUUGUUAAAUU